CCCCGCCCCUACCCCCGCGUCCCCGGCCCGUCCUCGCUCCGGCCGCGCGCCAGGGCGCACAACGUCGGGGCCCCGCCGCCGGUUGCCCGCCGGCGUGGCUGCACGGAGGCUGGGCCGCCUGGCGCCGAGCAGGCCGGUAGCGGGGCCGGAGGGGAGGGAGGGGAGAGGGAGCUGGUCUGUGGGCCCCGCGGUCGGGGAGGGAGGAAACUUGGGAGGGGUGCUGACCCCUGUAACAGGGGGAGGGGACCUGGGGGCCUGAGGGAUCCGCGGCAGGAAGGGGUUGUGUCCGGACUGGGGGAGGAGGGCAUUGGGAGGUGGGUCUGCCCUGGAGCCCUGCGCCGAUUGUCCCCGUCCCCGCGCGGUGGGGGACCGGGGUGCUGUCUCGUGGCCGCCUCGCCAGCUUCCCACUCCGCUCCUUUCUGGGCGGAGUUCGGACCGGGCCGCACUUCCCGCGGCAGCCUCGGCGGUCUGGGCUCCCCUGACGCCCAGACGGUGGGUCCGAGCGUGGCGGGAGCUUCGGCCGGUGGAGCUGGUAGGGACGUGGGUCCCGGACUGCUGAGCGGACGGCUAGUCGCUCUGGUGUGGCAGCCACCCCAGGUCGCAGGUCUGCGGCUCGGUCAUCUCGUGUGCGGCAGUGAACCCUCAGUUUACCACCAGCGGUUGCGUGUUCCUUGAUUUCCCUAAUUGGGUGAAUUACACAGUAAUGGAAAAAUACCCUGGUAACGCCGUCACACUGAACAUUGGACUUUUUUUUGUCGUUCGGGCUCAUGCCAAAGGAUAUCGUGGCUUUUCCUAAGUAGAACAUGUGUUUGUGUUUGAACGUUAGAAUGUUGUUUUUCCAUUGUGGGAAUUAACCGCAGCUGAGUCUGCAGGUGAUUCUUAACACUGUUCUUUUUCCUAAAGCUUAUCUUUACAGUUUUAUCACCUGGGUGUCUCAUUGGCCCUGAGUGCUAAGCUUGGAGACCUGUGGUCUGGGCCUCCUGAGUGGAGACCGAUACUUAACAAGUAAAACUUGGGUGGCCUAAAAGGCUCUGUGGAAGGCUGAUGGGCCUUGGCCUUCCAGAGGCUUGCCUGUCGGUAUCUUAGUAACCAAACUCCCUUGGAUCACCACCUAGAUGGUCCUUUCUCCACUGUAACUCUAAAGAGGCUUUGAAUUCAAAGGUAAACAGGUGCUGAGCUCAGAGGGCUGAAGUUCCUGUAAGGUGCGGCUUCUCCCUUCCAGGGUUUCCGUUUCUUCACUGUCCACUGUUCUUCCCCUCUCUCAUCCCGCCCCCUAUUUCAUUUUAGGACUUUGGCUCUUAAGAGUGACCUGAACCAUGUGUUACUUAAAACCUGGAGCAGGCUGCACUGGAACCAUGUUUACUCAACUGUGAAUCAAGUUUAAGGGCUUAAAAAAUGUCCUUGCAAACCACUUUGAUCUGAAACAGUAUAUUUUCUGAAAAGUUUAGAGUCAGGGAUAUUCGAUUCUCUGAAUCUUAUAAAUGUGGGUUCAGAGAGUUCACGUGCGUUGGAUGAACAUCUAGUUCACUUCCACGUGUGGGGUGCACUCGGCUGCUCUGAGCGUGAAGCGUGCUCCUGGCGUCCGGCUCCUGGCCUCCACCCUCCCCACAGCCUCCACUGCUGGCCGUGGCCUCUCUUCCCUUCCCGCUGCGGCAUCUCAUUCACUCCCAAAGCUUUGCCCUGUCUCUGUAGUGGACUGAGGGCUCCACUCAGGCGGGACCCAGGUCUCAUCCUCGAUGCGCUGGGUGUCUUCCUCGUUCUUAGAGGGGCACCAAAGAAGGCCAUGCCCUAAACUGAGACUUUUGUCUUCCCCCCGCACCCGCUCUUAGACGUGGUCCUCGGGAGCAGUGUGCUGUCGUUCCCCAGUUUCUCUUCCACGUGCCCCUUUUGGUCACCAGGUCUUGCUGCUUCUCUCACAUCAUCUUCUUGUCCCUGAUGACCUUUUUCCAGUUAAGUUACCUGCCUCUUUCGCAUGAAUUAUUGCAGUUGUUUCUUAACAGGUGUCACAGCUCCAGUCCUGCAGUGUUAUUCAGCUUCUAAAAGCUGGGAAAGCUAAGGAAGUGUCGUACAAUGCACUCGCCUCACACAUCAUUUCAGAAGACGGGGACAAUCCGGAGGUGGGAGAAGCUCGGGAAGUCUUUGAUUUGCCUGUAGUCAAGGUGUCCCCUGAGGACAGAAGCGCCCUGUGGGCUAUGCUCACCUUCCAUGGCGGGGGCUGCCAGCUGACUCUCGACAAGAAGUGCACGCACCUGGUUGUUCCAGAACCAAAGGGGGAGAAAUAUGAAUGUGCUUUAAAGAGAGCAAGCAUUAAAAUCGUGACGCCCGACUGGGUCCUGGAUUGCAUAUCUGAGAAGACUAAGAAGGACGAAGCCCUUUACCAUCCUCGUCUCGUCGUUUAUGAGGAGGAAGAGGAGGAGGAGAAUGAGGAACCGGAGUCCCCGGAGGAGGCCAGCGCGGAGGAGAGGUUCAGCCCCGCCAGCUCUCAGGACGGCUCCCCCUCGGGUGGCCAGCAGCUCUCACCCAAGUCGAACGCUGAAAAAUCCAAAGGGGAAUUGAUGUUUGACGAUUCUUCAGAUUCGUCACCUGAAAAACAAGAGAGAAAUUUAAACUGGACACCCGCGGAGGUCCCGCAGUUAGCGGCAGCGAAGCGCAGGCUGCCUCCUGGCCAGGAGCCCGGGUUAAUUAACUUGUGUGCCAACGUGCCGCCCGUCCCAGGGAACGUCCUGCCCCCCGAGGUCCGCGGUAAUUUAAUGGCUUCAGGACAAAGCCUCCAGAGUUCCGAAAGGUCAGAGAUGAUAGCCGCUUGGAGUCCAGCUGUGCGGACCUUGCGAAAUAUCACUAAUAAUGCUGACAUUCAGCAGAUCAACCGGCCGGCCAACGUAGCACACAUCUUACAGUCCCUCGCAGCUCCGACAAAGACCUUAGAGCCACAGGUGAACCACAGCCAGCAGAGCCAUGCGAAUGCAGCGCUGCUCAGCCAGGCGAAAGUGACCCCGGAGUCACAUCUGUCACCACCGGCCCCGCCGUCCGUCCUGCACCUGCCGCCCCAGCAGGCCCUGCAGCUCCAGCAGCAGCCUUACCCGCCGCCGCCGCAUCCGUUUCGGCCACCGCCGCAGGCCCACCAGCCUCAGUUACCCCCGCAGCAGCAGGCGCUGCAGCACCAGCUCGCACACUUGCAGCAGCUCCAGCGCCUGCACCAGCAGCAGCAGAUGCAAACGCAGGCGCCCCAGGCCCCGCCGUGCCAGCCGCAGCGCCAGCUGUUCGGACACGACCCAGCAGUAGAGAUUCCAGAAGAAGGCUUCUUACUGGGAUGUGUGUUUGCAGUUGCGGAUUAUCCAGAGCAGAUGUCUGACAAGCAGCUGCUGGCCACGUGGAAAAGGAUAAUCCAGGCGCACGGAGGUGCUGUGGACCCCACGUUCUCGAGCCGCUGCACACACCUGCUCUGUGAGAGUCAAGUGAGCGGGCUGUUCGCACAGGCGGUGAAGGAGAGGAAGAGGUGUGUCACGGCGCACUGGCUGAACGCGGUGCUGAAGAAGAAGCGGCUCGUGCCGCCCCAUCGGGCCCUGCACUUCCCCGUGGCCUUCCCGCCCGGGGGGAGGCCGUGCUCCCAGCACAUUAUUUCUGUGACUGGAUUUGUUGACAGCGACAGGGAUGACCUGAAGUUAAUGGCUUACUUGGCAGGUGCCAAGUACACGGGCUAUCUCUGCCGCAGCAACACAGUUCUCAUCUGUAAAGAACCAACUGGUUUAAAGUACGAGAAAGCCAAGGAGUGGAGGAUCCCGUGCGUGAACGCCCAGUGGCUGGGAGACAUCCUCCUGGGGAACUUGGAGGCCCUGCGGCAGAUUCAGUACGGCCGCUACACCACCUUCAGCCUGCAGGACCCCUUCGCCCCGGCUCCGCACUUGGUCUCAAACCUUCUGGAUGCUUGGCGAGUUCCAUUGAAAGUGUCCGCAGAGUUGCUGAUGGGUGUACGACUGCCUCCCAAACUGAAGCAGAAUGAAGCCCCUGCUAUCCAGCCCUCUUCCAAAAGAGCCAGAAUUGAAGAUAUACCACCUCCCACUAAGAAGCUAACACCAGAACUGACCCCUUUUGUGCUCUUCACUGGAUUUGAGCCUGUUCAAGUUCAGCAGUAUAUUAAGAAGCUCUACAUUCUUGGUGGGGAGGUCGCCGAGUCUGCACAGAAGUGCACCCACCUCAUCUCCAGCAAGGUGACGCGCACCGUGAAGUUCCUGACGGCCAUCUCCGUGGUGAAGCACAUCGUGACUCCGGAGUGGCUGGAGGAGUGUUUCAAGUGUCAGAAGUUCAUUGAUGAGCAGAGCUACGUUCUCCGAGACGCCGAGGCCGAGGUGCUUUUCUCCUUCAGUCUGGAGGAGUCCCUGAGGAGGGCACGCGUGUCUCCGCUCUUUAAGGCGAAAUAUUUUUACAUCACUCCUGGAAUCUGCCCAAGUCUUUCAACUAUGAAAGCGAUUGUGGAAUGUGCAGGAGGGAAAGUACUGUCUAAACAACCGUCUUUCCGGAAGCUCAUGGAACAUACGCAAAAUAAGAGUUUGUCAGAAAUAAUUUUAAUAUCCUGUGAAAAUGACCUUCACUUGUGUCGAGAAUAUUUUGCCAGAGGAAUAGAUGUUCAUAACGCAGAGUUUGUUCUAACUGGCGUGCUCACACAAACACUGGACUAUGAAUCAUAUCCUUUUGAAAGAUGUGUGUGCAGAAACCCUCUCAGCACUAAUAUCUGAGCUGUGUGUGUUCCGUAUCUCCAGAGUUGGCGAUAAAAAUGAUAAAAGACCCCUUACAUUUUGGGAGAUUUUGUUUCUAUACAAUAUGUGCUCUUACUCUCCGGGUUUUUUUUCCUACCUUUGGGUGAUUGGUGGGUGUCAUCUCAGGGCCCCCUUUCUUGCGUCUGUAGCCUGCAAGGAGCCUGCGUCAUUCUGCCCCAGGACGGUUGGAGCCCCGGGUGGAUGGUGCAGUCGCAGGGGUUGGCGAGGGCUCGGGCGCCUGAAGCGCACCACCUCGGCGUGCGGCCUGUGUCGGAUGCUGUCACUAGUUUGCAUCGUGUUUGUUCGGCAGUUGAUUUCCUCAACAAGCUUACAUAUAAAUUUAACUGACGCACCUGCGCUGGUGACUGGAGCCCGGCGCACGGGUCUGGCUGUGUCAGCUGCCGGAUGGAGCAGCCCCUGCGCCCUGGAGACGCCCUUGUUUUCCAGCUGCUUUCUUCGGGGACAAGCAUUUUAAAGCAGGAAGACAAAUAUAUUAAAUAUACUGCAUCUUAUUAAGAUGUGCAAUUUUAUUCUGAGGAAACAUAAAUUAUGUUUUGUAUUAUAGGACUUUAAGAGCCCACGUUAGGUUUUCAUUUGCCGGGUUUUUAAAUGUUUUCACAACACUGUUAAUGGAACUUUAGCUGCAAAUGAAAUGGUGUAAAUAAAGACCUUGCUAUCUCUAAAUUAUGGAUGUUAAAGAUUUGAAAUGUUUUGUACUUAUUUUUAUUUCUUACACUCUUUUCUUUUAUAUUGAUAUCUUGCCCACAUUUUAAAUAAAUGUACUUUUGAACUUA